AUGUCUUGCCGCUUGCUGCUCAACGUCGCCGCCCUCCUCGUCGUCGCGGAGGCGUACGUCGUCGCGCCGCGCCGCGCCGUGCGGCGCUGCGCGCAUUUGCGCGCGAACGCGCCGGACGCGGCGCCGGCGCGCGUCGGGCGGCUCCGGCGGCUCUACCGCUGGCUCCGGCCGUCCGCGGCCGGCGCGCCGCCGCUGAGCGGCGACGAGGUCGUGGGCCUCGUCGUCCUCGGCAUGCCGCGCGCGGACGCCGAGGCGCUGCCGCCGGCGGAGGCGCGGCGACUCCUCGCGGACGCCGGCUGGCGCGCGGCGGGCGCCGAGGCCGCGGAGCCGGCGGAGCGGCGACCGCCGGACUCGAAGACGACCCACGGGAAUCCGUUCUCCGGCCGCAACGGCUUCGCGGAGAUCGGCGUCUGCAU